AUGUCUACAAAUGAAGAAGGGGUUGAUUCAGAAGCUGACGAUUAUAGAGCCUCUCUUUCCUCAGAUAUUUCUUCGUCUUACAUAGCCACUCGACAGUCAAAAAAACAAAAAAAAUCAUCUACAGAAUCUCUUUUUCAAUCAAAAAAAAUAAAACUACUACAAACUGAUGAAACCCCAGAUCCAGAUACUACAAUUUUGAUGUCAUUCUUACCAAAGUUAAGAAUGUUAACUGAAGACCAAAAAACCGACUUUCAAAUAUAUGUAUUACAGUUUUUUAAAAACUUAUCUCGACCCUAUCAACCCAAUAUGUAUAACUAUCUGCAACCAAUAAACAGUUAUGUAGACAAUCCCACAAGGUUUCAAAAUAUUCAAACAACUCCACAACAUCAACUAACACAGUUACAUUCUCCAUCUGCCUUUAACCAACCACAAACAUAUACAAGUACAAUGCAACAUCACAUGGCACAGCAACAAGCAUUUGAAGCAGAACCACCAAGUACACAGGGCCACCUUUCUGAAUACCCUAAUUAG